AUGGCGACGCAAGGAAGGCACAUGGGAGCGUUUAGUCGCUACGAAGGUGACCCAGCGGCAUACAGAUUGCACGAAGUUCCGUUCGCGCCGCCUCCUCCUCCGAUGCCACCGCUCGGUGUUUCAUUGCCGCUGUCUCUGACUCUGCGUCCGCCUUCACCUCACGUGGACGAGGGCUUUGACACCAGCCCAAGCAAGAAGAACUCGCGGUAUUUACGUGAAAUGGACCGACGAACGAUUCUAGCGCGCCUUGAUCGUGGCGAGAAGCAGUCGGCACUGGCCAAGGAGUUCCGAGUCACGCGCGCAGCCAUUUGCAACUUGAACAAGCACCGCGAUCUGGUUUUGUCGCGGCAGCACGAAGACCCACCCAAAGAAGACCAAAUGAGGAUGAAGCGGAAGUCGAGGACGCCGAAAUCCCCACCCAAACCAGCGGAGCGCCUGAUCCCGCUCCUUUUGAGCCGUGACACGACCGAUUCCGCCUUCCGUCGAUACUGCGACCGCCUCAUGACGAUGGAAGUUCUCGCGUGGGCGCACGCGGGAACUCGCAACAAUGCUCAACCCCCUACUCCAUGCGGAGUGUCCAUUGCGCCAGGGGGUUCACCGAUGCUCUCUGUCUUCCAAGCGCUUGAACCCGAGCUCCCGACUGGACACAUCAAGCUCAGUCUGCCACAAGGUGGGUCCCCCGUGGCGGCGGUGUUGGACCUCCCGGCCUCGGUGGCAUCUCACAGCGUCUGCUUGUUCUACGCGUUCACUGACGCCGUGGGCGGGCCCACCACGUUCAAUUUCCACUUGGAUCGAACACUGCAACCAAUGGCACCAAGCGAUCGCCUGACCAACUCCCCUCCGCCUCCGAUGAUGCUCAACCACGUUGAGAAGAGCGACUUCCAGAUGUGCUUGCACGCCCGUCAGCCUUUCAUCCGCUACGAAAGCCACCGUCGACGUCCAAAUAGCCGCAUCCCGAGUCAGGGGCACGUCACCAAGCUCCCGGGAGUAGCAGCACUGCUCCGACGCCACGAUGCAAUGCAAGCCAAGGGGCUCAUCGCGUCCACGCCCGUCCCGGUCCCAGAGCACGACUUCGAGUGCUGGACGCCUCCACGUUUUGCAGGAACUUUGAGUGAUAAUACCGCCUCCCCCAAGUCACGAUGGACGCCUUUGACUGCAGCUCUCGAGACCAAUCCACAGACUCCGCUUAAGAGCAACUGGAGCAGCAAUACGUACAGGUAUGAGUCUAAAACUCAGCAGACUUGGGUAGCAGGAACCCCCAAGACGUCGUCGCCGGCGGUGGUGCGGUCUCCGGAGCCUGUUCGAACUGAAUCGCGCCCGAAGACGUCGAGAUAUCUGCGCGAGAUCGACCGUCGACGCAUUUUGCUUCGGAUCGCGCAGGGGGAGAAGCAGUCGGCGCUUGCCAAGGAAUACCACGUCAGUCGAGCUGCCAUCUGCAACCUCAACAAGCACCGAGCCGAAGUUUUGUCGCGCAACCACGAGCACCCGCUGGCCAAACACCCCAAGCGGAGGAUGCUGAACAAGCCCAAGAGGAACGAGGUAUCCAUAGUGGACAACCAAGCGAGUGCGUCAGACAGCAGUAGUUGGUAA